CGGCGCUUGGGCGCGGACGCCUAGAUUGGUGCUGAGGGACAGCAGGGAGGGACUCAGGCUGUAGCCGCGGGAGGUCCGGACACUGGCGGCCAUGGAACUAACCGGUAAUAGAGGACACAUCUCUUAACUGGGUUGCUCUAAGAACUGAUGCCUAAACCAUCUCAGUAUGGCCUGUAGAGGAGCAACUGGGGAUGGCCACCGUGCCUCAGCUACACCCUCUCGGGUUAGCCCUGGAAGUCUUUCCACAUGUAGAACCCAUGCCCAUAAUGUAUGCAUGGUAUCUGACUUUUUCUACCCAAAUAUGGGAGGCGUGGAAAGCCACAUUUACCAGCUCUCACAGUGCCUGAUUGAAAGAGGGCAUAAGGUUAUCAUUGUCACCCAUGCUUAUGGAAAUCGAAAAGGCAUCCGUUACCUCACUAAUGGCCUCAAAGUCUAUUACUUGCCUCUGAAAGUCAUGUACAACCAGUCUACAGCCACGACCCUCUUUCACAGUCUGCCAUUGCUCAGGUACAUAUUCGUUCGGGAGAGAGUCACGAUAAUCCAUUCACAUAGUUCUUUUUCUGCCAUGGCCCAUGAUGCUCUCUUCCACGCCAAGACAAUGGGGCUUCAGACAGUCUUCACGGAUCAUUCCCUUUUUGGAUUUGCUGAUGUCAGCUCGGUGCUUACAAACAAGCUUCUAACCGUGUCUCUUUGUGAUACAAACCACAUCAUUUGUGUGUCUUAUACUAGUAAGGAAAAUACUGUACUAAGAGCAGCACUGAAUCCUGAAAUAGUAUCCGUCAUUCCUAAUGCUGUAGAUCCUACUGACUUCACUCCAGACCCAUUUAGAAGGCAUGAUAGUAUAACUGUUGUUGUUGUCAGCAGACUUGUUUACAGAAAAGGGAUCGAUUUGCUUAGUGGCAUAAUACCUGAACUCUGUCAGAAAUAUCCAGAUUUAAAUUUCAUAAUUGGAGGAGAGGGACCAAAGAGAAUCAUUUUGGAAGAAGUUCGGGAAAGAUACCAGCUGCAUGACAGGGUGCGUCUUUUGGGAGCUUUAGAACACAAGGAUGUUAGAGAUGUCUUAGUUCAAGGACAUAUUUUUCUUAAUACCUCCCUUACUGAAGCAUUCUGCAUGGCGAUCGUGGAAGCAGCCAGUUGUGGUUUACAGAUUGUAAGUACCAGAGUUGGUGGAAUUCCUGAGGUGCUUCCAGAAGACCUUAUUAUUUUAUGUGAGCCUUCAGUAAAAUCUUUGUGUGAAGGAUUGGAAAAGGCUGUUUUGCAACUGAAGUCAGGGACAUUGCUGACUCCAGAAAACAUCCAUAACAUAGUAAAGACUUUCUACACCUGGAGGAAUGUUGCGGAAAGAACUGAAAAGGUAUAUGACCGGGUAUCAAUGGAAGCUGUGUUGCCAAUGGACAAACGACUGGACAGACUUAUUUCUCACUGUGGCCCAGUAACAGGCCACAUCUUUGCUUUGUUGGCAGUUUUCAACUUCCUCUUCCUCGUUUUCUUGAGAUGGAUGAUUCCAGAUUCUAUCAUUGAUGUUGCAGUAGAUGCCACUGGGCCACAGGGUGCCUGGACUAAUAACUAUUCUCACAGUAAAAGAGAGGGUGAGAAUAAUGAGAUAUCUAAAACCAGGUAGAAGAAAGCCUAGAUUGUAAGAUUUUAAACAUUUCUAAUAGUUCUAUUAAGACUAUGGAAAAUAACCUUGCUUUUGGGGGUUUUGUUUUUUAGAGUUAAUUUAGUAAGUUAUGCUACCUCUAUAUCAUUCAAUAUUUUCUGUUGAGGAAAGAUUAAAAAGUUAUGCAAUUCCUGAGUGUAGAAACUUCUUGCACUUAUUUAAAAUUUAGGAGAGAACAUUUAAGCCACUCAGGUAUGAAAUUUUUCAGACUACUGAAAUCCCUGUAGCAGAGAUGUUUUAACAUUAUAUUUUGAGAGCUUUGGGUGCUGAAGGGCCAAACGUUUUCUGGGCAUUUUUUGGCCAGUUUUUAAUGUUACACCAUUAGACACUCACCAGAUGUUUACAAGUUUUCUUUAGGGAACUACAACAAUUAUAUGAACUGUUUUAUAUCAUGUUCAUAUACGUUUAUUAGAAAUCUAAAUCACAUCUUUAAACAGUAGGUUCACUCAGUAGGUGUUACAUAUAGUUAACAGGUUCCUUGAGUAAGAUAGUCCAUUAGUUACCAGCACAUUUUGAACCCCUGCUCUGUGCAGAAUGUUGAACUAGAUGUUUCCCGCCAUUAAGGACCAGGGGUGCAUUGACUCUGUUUACCAUUCAAAUGGCUUACUUCAUCAUAAUCAUUGUUGAUAUGAGAUAAAUAUCCAACAUGCCAAAAAUGCUCAUGCCAGUUAAUGCCGGGGAAAAAAUCACCAACACACUACUAGUACCUGUUGUAUGCAUUCGCCUAGGUAGAGCCUUCGUCUUCAGUUGUGUUUAUGAAGAUACUUUUUGCUUUUUAAAUACUGGGGACCGAUAUCACUGUUGAUAGUGCAGAGAAACCCUCCACAUUUUUCAGUGCAUAUUUGAGUUUUCUAUAAAUGCCUUCGUGUUUUCUGAGCAGAAUGUAUGAGGUGUGCCAUCCCAAAACCAGCUGCUACCCUGUCCUUUUAAUGUAAGUCACUCCCUUUCACUGUGGCCUCGCUGAUGUCUGAUAAGUAUUGUCAGUGUGCAAAAAGCUUUACUUCAGAAUGUUUUAUUUAUAGCAAACCGAGCUGAAAAUUUUAGCAACAGUCUUUGUGGUUGGAUGUUAUUAACUGUAAUUGUUGCCCAGAGCCAUGGGUUUUUUAACCCCAAAUUAUCCACAUGGUGUGUAUUAUCAAUUCUUUGAACUCUUAAGGUGUUUGUGAGAAAAGGACUGUGAAUUCAAAACAGUGAGGCACUUGUGGGUGCACUACAUAGAUUCUGACAGUGUUGUGAUACUGUAUAGGAUUUUUAAAAAUGACAACAUUCACAAAAUUUGUUACUUUUUAAAAAAUAACAUGCCUAUUACCUGGUUGCACUGAUAUAAAAGAAAUAUAUUUGUGUUUUGUUUGUACUAAAAUGCAAAAGCAAGAGUGCAGUUUUUGAAAUCUAGAAGUUAGGGGUACUUUUGUUGGAGAAAAAUGGACUGAUCUAAACCAUUCAGUCUUACUGGGAUUUUUAUGCAUAAAAACUCACAUUUAUAAACAUGAAGUAAACAGUGCCAAUAUUCAUAGUAAAGUGAGAAACUAUAAUAUUUGGCUAUUACUCUAUUCAACAGGUUUUAGAUGCACGCCACCAUUUUUUCCUUAUAUUUUUGCUUGAGUUUUUAAAAUUGUCAUUUAAUUCUUAAAUUGUCAUUUAUUUGAGAUGGAAAUAAGAUCUAAAGUUAGUUGCCUUUGCCUGUAAGACAUGUAAUUUGCAAAUUACUACUCUUAGCAAACGGAAGUAAAUUUAUUUUACGUAAAUCUUAAUUUUCAACCUUCCUGGAUACCUUAAUUGUAACUGUCAGUGUUGCACUGGUCGGUAUGUAGAAACACAUUGCUCUACCCUGCUACUUACGUUGAUUUUAAAGUGAAUUUACAGUGAUGAGGAAUUUGUGAGAACUAUAUUGUAUUUCUUUUGAUGUUUCAAAAGGUUGCCUAUGAAAAACUGAUUUGUUAAAACAUGCUACAUGUCCAAAAAUAAAGACCAGAAUGACAUUUUGCUAAUUUUC